AUGCUCUACUCAACAACGGCUUGUCCCAUCGGGAAAUCGCUCGUCAGACGGGUCGCUCAAGACGAACUAUUGACCGUUAUGCAAGGAAUCCGCAAGAAUACGGCACAGCAAUACAUUCUGGACGGCACAGGCUGCUAUCGGUUCAAGCUGAACGAGACGUCUGUCGGAAAGCAUCAAACUCUACGAAGUCCGCCAACCAAAUCAGAUCCGAAAUUCCUGAAAACGUCUCGAAAGACACCAUCUUACCAACAAUUCAUCGGUCCGGUCGACUUGUGAAUACUCCAAUGAAGGCAGCACCUCGUCUACAGCAACGCCAUAAAAAUGAACGGCUCCAGUUUGCACGCUCUAACAUGGCCACGGAUUGGAAUAAGGUAUCAAUUUUUUCUAUCACCUUAUGAUUCCCAAUUUUUCUGUUCAGAUCAUCUUCAGCGACGAGAAGAAAUUCAACCUUGAUGGGCCAGAUGGGUACGCCCACUACUGGAGAGAUUUGAGGAAAGAUCCGAUGUACUUCUCCAAGAGAAACUUCGGCGGCGGCAGCCUCAUGGUCUGGGCGGCUUUUUGCGGCAACGGGACGGUAGCUCUUUCUUUUAUUGGGACCAGAACGAAUUCGCAAGACUACCAGCAACUGCUUGCCCAGCAUCUCCUGCCCUAUCUCCGUCGCCGACGACGUGCUAAUAUGAUUUACCAACAAGACAAUGCAUCUGUUCACGCGAGCAACUCCACAUUGGCUUGGUUUGCGGCCAAGAACGUGGUUCUUCUGGACUGGCCCGCGUGCAGUCCUGACCUCAACCCUGUAGAGAAUUUAUGGUCAGUCCUUGUACGAAGGGUCUACGCGAAUGCCAAGCAGUAUACAACGGUCAACGAUCUGAAAAGAGCGAUUCGUGCCGAGUGGGAUGGUUAGGACAAGUCACUGCUGCAAUCACUCGUUGGCAGUAUGCCGAACAGGAUUUUCGAAGUCGCUCAGAAACAAGGAGGCAUCACACAUUAUUAAUUAAUCUUUUUGUUAUACUUUGUUGACUUUGUGAAAUGAAUUUUGUUGAUUACUUAUAGUGGGUCUAUAAUUCUGGGUCGGUCAAAAAAAUCAGAUUUUCUCGUAUCUUGAAAAAAACUUUUUCAACUGGGUGAUUGAUAAUUAUAUUAUGAUUAUGUUCCUUAUCAACAAGGUUUAUCACAAAAAAAGUUUGGUGGCUCAAAGUUUUUCAAUCUUUCUUAAAAUCGGAGAAAUUAGGGUGGGUCUAUAAUUAUGGGUCGCAGUGUAUAUUGAAAAUUAGAAACUUCGGUAUUUUUUCAAGAAUACUGUUCGACACGCAGUAUACAGCUCUACAGAAUGCUCAAUUUAUCUCAAACCUUAUUUUUUACGGCCCAUGUUCCUUUGAAUCUUCAAAUACCAGCUAUUUAUAUUACUUUCUCCGUUCCAGGUCGCCUACGGGGCCAUCUUCGGCGUCAUUCUCCUCCAUUUCCUUCUCGCUUUCUCUUUUAAGGUUUUUUUCGACAAAACGAUCAAUAAAUGGUGAAUAAAAUGGUUUUUUUUCCUCUGUUAAAGGAGUUUUACUUCGAUUCGAUGCAUCCGAAAAGCGCCGUCGUCCCGAUUCCCGACGUCAAAACGACUUUGCCGCCGAUUCCCGACCCAGUGGCCAACGAGACGAAGGUUGAACCGCCGAAAAGCGCGAAUUUGGUCAGUAGGGAGAAAUUUUGAGCAAGGAAACUAGGAUUUGAAACAGAGAUUUGUGAACCUAGAGAAGAGUUAUUGAAAAAAAAGAGACAGGAAACGGCUAUAAAUAAGUGAAUUUUUUCAUUUUUUCGUGUUUCAGAAUUCUUUUUGAUGAUUCAACUUGUAAAAGCAUGGAGUAGAGCAUGAAAAAGGGUCAGAAAGAAGUAUUUUAAUUUGAAAAAUUCAUAAUUUGCACGGAAAACACUUUUUCAUUCAGAUAGUGGAUCAAAAAAGAAACACACAUAAAGGGUUUUAAGAAAAGAAAGUUUGAAUUUGAGAUCAAUGCAGAAUUUUUCUGGAAAGGGAUUUUUUUUUAGAUCAAUUUAAGCCUUGGUGGCCAACUAUCAUGAUUAAAAUUCUUUUUUUAGAAAAAAUAUUAAAAAAACUCUAUUUUUUUACCCAAAAUAUUCUCAAAGUUGGUCAAUCACCCAUAAAUUUUAAAAAAAUUUGUGAAUCAUUAGACUUUCCUUCCUGAAAUGUAAUUUUAAAAUCACACUAAAAAAAGUUUAUUUUUCUGGGAAGCCCAAAAAUAUUGAUAGUUAUCGAUAAUCACCUGUAAAAAAAUAAUCUGAAAGAGUUCUUAUAAACUGGAAAUUUUAAAAAAAUUGGUCAAAAAGUUUUUUUAGUCUUUCUUUUUUUGAAGAAUAACUUUGAGAAAGAACUCAGAAGGCAAUUUUCUCUGGGAAAACCCAGAAAAAUUUUUUUGAAAUUCGGUCGAUCAGCCUGUGAAAAACGUUCGGAAAGAGUUCUCACAGACUGAAAAAUUUAAAAAAAUUUUGGUCAAAAAAAUUUUUUUAGUCAUAUCUUUUUGAAAUAUAAUUUUUUUAGAAAGUACUCAAAAAUCCAAUUUUUCUUCGGGAGGAACUAAAUAUUUUCGAAAUUCGGUAGAUCAAUCUGCAGAAAAAAAAUUAAAGAAUUUUCGGUGGCUAUAAAUUUUCAAAAAAGUCAAAGAUUCUUCCUUAGUCUUUCCUUUCUGAACUAUACAUCAUUAAAAAACGAUAAACUUCCUUUUCUCUGGAAUAUCGCAAUUUUUCAGGUAGCACCUGUCGAGCCGAACAAGGCGAAAACGGAAAAACGGGAGUCCAGCGAGAAGAUCGAACCGAAAUCCAACGGUUCAUCUACAACUUCUUCGCCGACGACGACGACGACGACUACGGUCAACAAGGAACCCGCAAAGAGUUCAUCUCCAGCGCCGACAGCAGCGAGUUCUCCUCAAGCUCAAAAAUCCUCUGAAGCUCCAGCUCCAGCUCAAGAAACGAGCUCGAAACCUCCUCCAGCUACCACCAAAGACCCGAAAAACUCGACCCAAUAA